AUGUCAAGCGUGAAGCGGCCAUUCGACGAGGACGAGCCUCAAGAUGCUAAUAUACAUCCGUCCCGGAAACGACGCCUUGAGAAUGGAGACUCAAAGGCGGAAUAUGCGAAGCUCCUGAGUCCACACUUCAAUGGUCUUGGAGAUCCAAUCCUGGAGAACCGACUUGAAGCUACGCGCGGACUGCUGAAGGCUCUGUCAUCGGAAUCGGGUGACCAAAGAGAUCGACUCACUUAUGUUAAUACUCGACUCAUCAAAGGUGUCUGCAGUGGCGCCAAAGCAUCAAGGCUUGGAUUUUCCCUUGCCCUCACAGAAGUCCUUCGACUGGCUGGUACAGGAAACACAAAACUCCCAGUGAUCAAUGUCAUCGAUCACAUCAAUGCCCUUACAACUCCUGAAAGCAAAGAUGACAAGAAAAGGGAAUACCUGUUGGGCCGUGUCUAUUCAUACCAAGCGGUUUUGCAGAGCGGCCUUCUGAGACACGCAGCGGAGAACGAUCUCGAGAAAGUAUUUGGCGUGAUUGCGGAGCUGGCCUGUGAGAAGGACUGGGUACGCAACGAGUGUGGCGUCAUUCUGCAUGAGUUCCUCAAAGGCAAAGAGGCGAAGGCAGAUCAAGUGAAGCCUCUAAUCGAAUCCUGGUGUUCAAAAGGCAUUUCAAAGUCACCAGAAGGCGUGGCACUCUGGCUCACCGCGAAGAAGCAAUUCCCGGAUGUUAAAUUGCCAAAGGGCCAAUGGCACCACAGCAAUCCACUACAUGCACAAGAGAGGACAACUCUUACAAACGUUUUGCUUAAGAACGCUGCGAUUGUGGUGGAGGAAGGAGCAGCACCAAACAAUGCCAAAGACAAGAAGAAGAAAACUGGGUCGGGAACACGUCAAGCGAUGCCAAGUUUUGCAUGGAACGUGAUACUGGCGCAUGUGUACGAGAAAAACGAAGGCAAAGAUCUGAAGUCAUUUUGGGAAGAUUGCGUAGCGAAGCCAAUGUUCUCGGCCUCUUCCUCUACAGAAAGGAAGUUCCUUGGCCUUCAGAUCUAUUCAAAGGCAAUUGCUUCGGCGCCUGCUGAAUUACUCGGCGAUAUUGUGCACACGAACAUCAUCCGAUGCAUUGUAGAUCAGCGCGCAAAACCAGAUCGAUACCUGUUUGAGGCUGCAAAGGUGCCCUUGAACCAGAUGACAACACGGGCCAAGGACGAUCCCUGGGCAGCUGCUGAGAUGGUCACCAAAAUGCUUGAAGUCAUCCCUCCUCACUUGGAUAAGCAGACGAAGCUCACCAUCGACAGCCUUAUUGCAUCAGCGGAUCAAGAAAAUCUAAUUCAGGUGGUGAAGGUUCUGAAUGAGCUGAUUUUGGCACCAGGGGUCUUGGAGCCUGGUGAAGCCGACAAAAAGCGACGUCUCCUAGCGGAUGCGCUCUUGACCACUGUGCGAUCACGCAGAAGCGAUCCUGCUCAGCUGUUCAAUAAGGAUAACACAACUGCGCAGUGGCUUAAAUUACUUCUGCAUAGCCUUACCGACCUAGGCUUCGUGGACGUGGGCGAGAAAGCAUCGCCAUCUAUCGCGGAAAGUAGCCAGAAUGUAUUUCGAGAACGACUGCAGUCUGCUCUCGGACAUCUCGUGAGCUUGCCAUUGGUGCAAGCUGUUCGCGGUCCUCUUGUGGUUUGUGGACGACUCCACUCAUUCCGCAAGUCGCUCGCCAUUGAGCUUGACGAAAAGUCCAAGACGGCCAUCAAAGACGCUCGCAAGUGUAUGAAAGACGAAGAGGAGAAGAUGGACGGGCAAAAUCCACAGGCCGUGUCCUUGGCUUUUCAAUUGCUGCUUGGUUUGGGCACGUUGCAGGUCUACUUGCAGCAACCAGGCAGCAUCCUUGUCCUGGAAGACAUCACCGCAUGCUGCCAGAGUCCAGAAGACUCAGAAGAUUCGUCGACUAUGCUGGUGGAACUCCUGAUUAAAUUUGUGUCCCAACAAUCUGCGCUGUUUCGUAAACUCGCCGAACAGACGUUCACUGCCUUUGCACCGGAAGUCACAGCAGAAGGCCUCGAAGCGAUGAUAGAUAUUCUGUCCCAGAAGGAGACUAUGGCUGGUCAGCAAGAGCUCUUCGGGGAGGAAGAACAAGAUGCGAGUGCCGGAGGCGACGCCGAAGACGACGACGAAGAGAUGGCCUCUGACGACGUCCAGGACAUUGAGGAUGCAUCCGAUAUCGAGCUAGGCUCCGACGUGGAGCUCGUAAAUGGCAAUGAGGACGAUUCUGGCAACAAAAGCUCCGACUCCGACAGUGAGGCCGCUGCUAGUGGAGAUGACGAGCUUACUGAGUUUGAACGUAAGCUUACGGAGGCCCUUGGGACGCAAGGAAUGGCAUCUGACGAUGACGGCUCCGACAUGGACGAUGAGGAGAUGGCUGCUGUUGAUGAGAAACUGACCCACAUAUUCAAAGAACAAAAGCUGGGCAACAACAAAAAACAUCAGAACAAGGAAGCCAAGGAGAAUGUCGUCAAUCUCAAGAAUCGAAUCCUGGACCUUCUGCUGGUCUUUGUGAAAUCACAAUAUGCAAACCCGAUUGCUCUCGACUUGCUCCAUCCUCUCGUCACGUUGACACGGACGACCAGCAGCCAGCCAACAGCACGCAAGGCACUUGAUGUAUUGGAGCUUCUUUUCGACACAGCCAAGAAGAACAAGGAGACUCCCGAGGUGGAUGAUGAAGAGGAUCUGUUUCGUGUCCUGACUGCGAUCCAUGAAGAGGCCCGUAUGGGAGGCAGCAAGCUUCACGCAAGAGCUUGCAGUCGCUCAAGUCUCUUCUUGGCCAAGAUGCUGGUGAGUAUGGAUGACGGGGAGUCAUAUAAGCGCAUCUUCGCCAUGUAUGGAGACCUCUCAUGGGAAUGGCGUACGGAUGCGAAAUCAAAGCUCAGCAGCGACCUCUUCAGCGAGUGGAACAACUGGUACAUGCAAAAGUGA